AUGGCUGCACUCGCAGACGUAUCCCUCCUACCACCAUCCCCAGGCCCCGAUUCUUUCCCUAAACUUUCAUCGGCCAACGACACAGCGGGACACGAUGUUCCUGCUGUUUGCAACGCAGGCCUCUCUGAAGAAGAAAUUUACCGGCGCAAGAAGGCUCGUACGAGGACAUGGAAGAGUGGGGAGUAUCAAGUGAGGAAGCUACUCCCCGCGAGUCGGCUGCCCGACUGCCUCAACGCCCGACGCACCCUUACCCCUCCCGGGGACCUCCCCCUUUGUUGGUUCGGCGUGCCGCUUCUUCCGGAUCUCUUUCUCAACCUCUCCGUCUCGCUCGGACUCGCCCAGAAGUCGCCGAGGGGGGAGUGGUACUGGCUCCGGAGCUUCUACGCGCUCCGCGACGCGUUCGAGAAGGAGACAGGCGUACACUUUGACAUGGAACAAGUCUGGGGUGCAAAUCCUAGUCGCCCGCUGGAACCAAUCGUCGCGUUUUGCUCGAACCGGGGCAUUCAGCAUGUGACAGAGGAAAUGGUGAAUAAGGUGGAGGAUCUUCUGGAUAUGUUGGGCUAUCCCGAAGAUCGAUGGGAGGGGGAGCUGCGAUGGUUCCCUGCUCGUUUGGAGACAGUGACGAUGACGCUGGCGAGGAUAUGGGCACAGUCGAUUGUUGGAAUGUUGUCUCGCUUUGUAUGA